AUGGCUGCAUCCACUGGCUUCAAUACCAGGUCCAUUCCUGGCCUCUGGCCUGUGGUUCGCUAUGGACCGGACUCUGUGAUGAUUAACGAUCCUUAUUUCCUUCCUAAUAUCUUUCAUCGUCGCGCGGAGAAGACCUCUUUCUACGCUAACAACCCCGGACUAUUUGGCGUUCAGAAAUAUCAGGAUCUGUUGAACAUCAAGCAUGGCCUGGCUGCUGCGUUUUCUAUGGCAUCUAUCAAGACCUACGAGCCGCAGGUAGACAGAUGUCUACUAGUAUUACUUGAUGCGUUGAAGAACAAUCCGAUAUCUAUCCCUCUGGACGAAUGGAUACGAUGGUUCACAUACGAUGUCGUUGGCCGUAUUCUAUUUGGGGAGCCAAUUGGGUUCCUGGAGAAGAGAAAAGACGUCCAUGGUUUGGUUGCCGCAACCUCGCAGACUUUCGAUACGAUAGACUAUCUAGCUCGUGUCCCAAAGCUGUCCUGGUUCUACCGGGAGACUUACCUCGGCCGCAAGCUCUUCCAGCAACAGUCUGAGUACCAAAAGGGGAUACAAAUUCUACAGACUGUACUUGAGAACCAAUACGACCGUUACCAGAGAGGGGCCGAUUCAAUCCCCGGAAAACCCCAGACAAUGUUCGAACGUCUCAUAUCCUCCAAAUACGCGGAUGGCACCUUCCUCACCGCGCAUGACGUUAAGGGUGAAGCUAUGCAAACAAUGAUGGCAGGUUCUGCAACAAUUGCUUCAGCAACAAUCCGACUGUUCAACAACCUCAUCCAACACCCCCAAGUCCUCUGUAAGCUGCGACGUGAAGUUGACCAAUUCUGCUCAACCCAAACAACCCAUCCCAUCCUCUUCGAACAAGCACAUGCCCUUCCCUACACAAACGCCUGUAUCAGAGAAUCGUUUCGCCUAACUCCAACCAUUCCCUUAUUCCCGCGCAAAGCCGCAAGCGGCGGAUUCACAUACAAUGGGAUAUAUGUCCCAGAAGGGACGGCAGUGGCGUCCAGUCCAUGGAUCACGAUGAAAAACACAGGGCUCUACGGGAACGAUGCGGCUGCCUAUCGCCCGGAGAGGUGGCUAGAAGCUUCGCCCGAGACGAUAAAGCAGUGGGAUCGUUACGAGUUUCACUGGGGGUACGGGAAUCGAUUGUGUACCGGUAGACAUCUUUCCGUGAUGGAAAUCUAUAAGCUUACGUUUGAGUGA